AUGAGACUCCCACGACAAGACGUCGAAUUUCGAGCUUGCGAUGGUAUCAUACUACGUGGCUGGCUAUACCCACAACAGGAGACCUCGCCUUGUAUUAUCAUGACCCACGGUCUUGGUGGCACCCGCCACUUCCUGCUGCCUAAUUUUGCGUCGGCUUUUCACGACACAGGAUACGUGGUAUUAUUAUAUGACAACCGUAAUUGGGGAGACAGCGAUGGCCUGCCUCGACAGGAGUCCAACCCACCGUUACAGCAAGCAGAUUACUAUGAUGCAUUCAACUAUGCAGCCACUAUUCCCUGUGUCGACAAGGAUAAGAUAGUGUACUGGGGUAGCAGCUUCUCUGGUGGGAACGUCAUCUACGCUGCAGCGAUCGAUAAGCGGAUCAAAGCUGCUAUCAUUCAGUGCCCAGCCGUUUCAGGCGAGACUAGAUCACUUGCGUUCAAAGAUCGUAUUCCGACUUUGCUAGAGGACCGGUGUCGGAUUACCUCCGGGCUGGACCCAUCAAUUGUGCCGCUGAUUGCUCCGGAUCGUGAAUCUUCCGAUCCCGCCACAACAACCGCCAUGUUUCCCACAAAGGACGCCUAUGAUAUAAUGAGUCUCCAAAAGACUUGUGGCAGCCGCUGGGAGAACUACAUCACUUCGCAAACCCAACUACAUAUGCUCAGCUUUGAGGGUCAGUCUAUGAUUCACAGAGUCUCCCCAACACCACUUUUAUUUGUUGUUCCCGGUAACGACGUCUUGGUAUCAACAGCAUCCCAAAUGGAUGCCUUCAACAAAGCUCGGGAACCAAAAGAGCUACUCUACCUGGAUGGAUGUGGACAUUUUGAUCUUUACAGGGGAGACUAUUUUGAGAAGAACAUCAAAAUGCAGACUGAAUUUCUCGACCGCUACGUUAAGCAGUAA